UGCAGGUCUGAGGCUUGAUGAGAUGAGCAACAUCCUGCUGCAGGUGUCCGAACGGGACACGCGGAUGUUGCGGAGUCUGGCGCAGUUGUCGAAAAACGAGGUUCCCCAGCAAAGAGAGUCUAAAUCCAAUCAGUCACUGCAGAUGAAAGCUGUCGGCCUGACUGAGAAACUGAAUCCAAUCCCCCCUGCGGAGCCCACAAGCAGGUACUGUGCAAAAUGCCCGGGUGGACAAUACAGCUACUGUUGCUCUGUGCUUCCAAGAAACCUAACUCUCCAGCUCUCGCCGUACGAGCUGUGCUACUUGUGCAUGCAGCGGACUCUGAGGAAUGUUCUAGAGAACAGACGAGAGCAACGAGACGCAGAGGAGAAAGCUUGUGGAAACAUUUUACUGCUUAAAGAACAACGGAGAGAUGAGCAGGAGAUGGCGCAAGAGCUAGCAAAGCUAACUGAGCGGCGUGAGCAGGCAAAGAAGGUGGCUGUGUUCAACUUGCACAUGUCAAGGCGGGAGAAGAGCUCCUGUUUCGACUGUCCUAGAUCAUUCGUCUUCCCGGCUCGACCAGUCACUCCCCCGAAGAGGAUACGGCAGCAUCGUUACAGGCGUGAUCUACGGAGCCAGAUGGAAAGGAGACAGCAACUCGUGGCUCAGGACCAGCAGUACCGCCUUCUUACAGAGCGACUUGACCAGAUGCAGCUGAUGGAGGAGAUAGCUUUGCAGAGGGCUCAGCGGCUCCAGAAGAAACUGGAGAAAACCAAACAUUACAGGAAGGCUCUGGACGCUCAGGUGGAGGACAAGAUGUUCACAUCGUGUCCCGAGUGUCCGCCUGACAAACCAAGACUAAAUCGCUGCGAAACAGCAAUUAGGAGGGCAGAGAACCGAAAGAGAGCACAAAAGCUCUUUCAGGCGAACUUCAGUGUUGCCACUGAGAGGGAGGAGAUCCAACUACACUUUUCUUUUUCUAACUACAGCUGGAAAAAGAAAAAGGAAAUGCUAAAACACACUAAGAUGGAGUUAAUGCAGGACAACACCAAUCAUUUUGAAAAGAAGCGUGCCUUCCGAAAAUCACUGGAGGACGACUGGAGUGGAAGUGUUGAGCUCAAACACAAGCGAGAGGAAGAGGAGAGGCGCUUCCUGAGGUCUGCUGGAAAACUGCUGAUAGACAAGCUCAAAGGAUGCCAACGCUGUUGGAGGUGUAGAAGGAGGACCACCAACUGCGGAGAAACCAACAUAUGGAAGGACUCGUGUUGCCCCUCAGGUUCACAGUUUAUGAUCUGAAGCAGAAUGACGUUACGAGGAAAACACUAACAAAUUGAACAAGUCGUUGCUGCAUUGCAGCCCAGUGAAAUAUACACUAUUUUAAUUGUUCUUGAUCACUCUUUCACAAUUAUAAUGCGCAAUUCGCAGCUGCUCUGUGUGUUUUAUUUAUUUUUUAGUCGUUUUAAACUCUGGAAACUUUUUUUCAGAGAUCCAUAAUAAGUGUUUCUACAGAACAAGUUUUAAAUAGGAUUUGAUGAUUGUGAGCUUCAUUUCAUUGCUGUGCCUUUAUUAUCAUUACAUUAAAGAAGCAAAUCUGCGAUGAUACGAGCUUUCUCAGACAGAAUCUGUUCAAAACAGGCGACUUGUAGUUAGAAAGAUUUAAAGUGGAAUGGAAAUACCCUUACUUACACUGCAGAGUUUAAAUGAAGCUUAAUUAGUACUUAGGAAAUUCUUGAAAAAAAAAGUAUCCCUCAGUGUCCCCUAAUUUAACCAGCUGCAACUGGAACAGGAUUACUACACAUUUUCUGCUGCAGUUACUGGGAAUGAGUGCAACACCCCCUGCUUUGCAGUAUUUAUCCUACUUGGAAGCUUUUCUAAAUAAUACUCUUAAAUCUCCUGGGACCACCUAGGAGUUCCUCAGAAACCACAACAAAAGUGAGCCUGCAGAAACCCUGUGUGAAAGAUCACUUUCCAUCCUGGAAAGCGUGGGGAUUUUUCUUUUGACUAAAAAGAUGGGAAAUGGUAAAUCAAAACGGCAUCUCAACAAAACCACUGUUUGCUCUACAUGUCCAGGCUUUGUACAUGGCAGUGAAAAACAUGAUCAAAUAACAGAGAUUACAGAUAAUAACAGCAAGCAAAGACAUUUUUUCCCCCAAACUCCCCGGCUUUAUCUGCCAUUCUGUUUCACUUCAGGAUAUGCUUUUUUUUUUUUUAAAUAAAUACAAACAUUAGUCCAUAAUAUUGAAUUUAAAAAAACUGAUUUAGGAAAGACUCUUCUCAGUAACUAUUUUGAUAUAUUCUGGAAUUAAAUAUUCAGUUUAUGCUUGUAAUCAUCUCUAAAGUGAUGAUUACAGGCAUCUCAUAAACCUACUAAGAUUCCUGCCUAUUUAUGCCCCUUACACGAGACCCACCGUUAGAAAAUAUCUACUACAAAAGUAAGUUUCAACAUGUGUAACUUGGGUAAGGUUCUUGCUGUUGUCAUUUUAUCGUCUCCAUUUUCAUCUAUGUAUUUGGGUUCACGUUAUAUUAGAGUUUUACAUUAACUAAUUACUUAGGGCUCCCAGCUACAUUGCCCUUUUUAUAUUUGGGAAUCCUCUUUGAAAGCUGUCUACACUGUCUCUAGGAUCACAAAUAGAAAUUCAGUAAUAUCUAAAGCUGAACCCCAAUGCCACACCUGCAUCCCACACUGUAAUCGCUCAGUGAAAAGUCACAAACUGUGCACUAAUACAAAAACCAUUUCAAGUAACGCCUUAGGGAGGAGACUUCAACCAGACAGACUGCACAUACUGGUAAAAGUGCUGCAGCAAAAAAAAAAAAAAAA